AUGCAUCAUCUUAAAAAAAUCAUAGUUCCACCAAAUAAUAAAGAUAAAGACUAUUAUGUAGAAUUGUUGUAUGGAGAAUUAGAUAUGACUGCAAGUCAAAGUUCGUCAAUUAAUAUGCAUUUAGAUAAUAAAAUUAUUGAUUUGGCAGCUUGUGCUAAUCAAGCUCUUAAUAUAUCACAUGGUUGUGUUCAAAAACAUAAAAAUAUAUCUGUUAAUAGUCAGCAAAAUUCUGAUCCAUGGUUUAAGAAAUGUCGAGCUAUUGAACCACCAGUCACUAUUAUAAACAUGUUAGAACAGAAGCUUAAGUUUGUUACAGAAAUUCGACGUAAUAUAACAAUUGAUAAGCUAAAUGAGCUAUAUCGAAUUGAACAGGCUAUUAUUAUAGAAGAGUCGAAUGAUAGCUUAUAUAACAAUUUAUCUAAGUUAUCAUUUACAAAUAAACUAUCAAAUGUUAAUCAAGUUAACUAUUCUUUACUCAGGCUAUCUGAUGAUUCAAAUAAAGAAGAAAGUAAUAUGUCAAAUGAAGUUAUUUGUUACUUAGCUUUACCUAAAGAAGCUCAGAAAUGUAAUAUACUAGAAUGGUAA